AUGGCAACUCAAGCUACCUCCAAACCUCCCCGCGAAACACCCUCAACCCCUACCAAGGCCAAAAGUGCCGCCUCCUCAGUCAAAGGAUCUCCUAAAUCUGUAACAUCAAAGACACAAAAGCAGGUUGGGAAAGACAACAAGACUCCACGUAAGUUGAAGCGCAAGGUUGACGAUACCAUCACCCCUGCGGCUGAGCGUACUUCGUCCCCGGCUGAGAGUAAAGAGUUGCCUUCUCGUCCGGCGGCGGGGAAGAAAAAUGUUUCGAAGAAAAGGGGUGAGCAGAGGGAUCCUGAGCCUGAGCCUGAGUCUGAGCCUGAACCGGACCGGGUUGAGGAGCAGGAAGAACCUCAGGAGGAGGGUGAAGAGGCUGGUAUUCAGCUCGAGCAUAACGACAACGACAACGACGACGUCGGUGAAGAAGAAGAUGAUGAAGAAGAAGAAGAAGAAGAAGAAGCCUCUGAACCCUCCGUCUCCGCACCCGUCGAACAACGCGACGAGCCGGCAGAUAACCAAUCCCAGGCUUCUGGAUCUGCUACCGGCGGCUUCUUCAGCCGCACCGGCAACGGUCUCAACAGCUUCGCUCGCGGACUGCGCGGCGUCGCUGGUAGUUUGAGCCAGGGUAAUGCCAAAGGUGCUCUUGACAAUACCGCCGGUAGUGUCAAGGACACCGCUCAAGGAAGCAUUGGCGAUGUGGUCAAUAGUCUCCCACUUGACCUCUCCGCCUUGAAGGGCCUUGAGGUCGGUGAAGGUGGAAAGAUUUUUGACAAGGCGGAUAACCCGCUUGGAGAAGUUGUUGAGGGCGAACCUGAAGAUCUCGUUGGUCAGACUGUUGGUGAUGACGGCGAGAUUCUGGAUGAGGAUGGCGAUCUUAUAGGUCGUGUUGAGCUCCUUGACGACGUCCAGAAGAAGGUCACCGAUACCCUUGACCAAGUCAAAGACAAACUUCCUUCCCUUGAAGAUCUCAAAGAUCUUCCCGUCUCGGAGAGAGGGGAAAUCAAAGACAAGGCUGGUAAUGUUCUCGGCCGCAUUGUUGAAGGUGACCCUGAAGAUCUCGUUGGCCAGACUCUGAAUGAAUCUGGUGAGAUUCUGGAUGAAGACGGUGAUCUGAUUGGCCGCGCUGAAGUCAUUUCUCCCGAAGAGGCACUCAAGACGAUCCAAGAAAAGGGCGCUGAUCUUGGCGAUAUUGAGGAGACAGCUGAAGACGCUGGUCCAGACGAUGUCCAAGACAAAGUCGACAAAGUCAAGAACAAUUUGCCAGAUCUAGCUGAUCUCGACGGCCUCCCCGUUUCUGACGGUGGCGAAAUCAAAGACAAAGACGGACAUGUCGUCGGUAAAGUUGUUGAAGGGGACCCUGAAGACCUCGUUGGUCAAACCGUCAACGACGCUGGUGAAAUCCUCGACGAGGAUGGAGAUCUGAUCGGCCGUGUUGAGGUCCUGUCUCCUGACGAAGCCGCCCAGAAAGUCACUGGUCAAGUCGACGAGGCCAAAGAUAAAGUCGGCGAUGUCGAGAAUCAAGCCACCGAAGCAGCUGAAGGUUUGAUUCCUCAAAUCCAAAUCCUUCAAGGCAAGAAGAUCAAUAAAAAGGGAAAGAUCCUUGAUGAAGAAGGUGAAGUUAUUGGUCAGAUUGCCGAAGGCGACGUCAAGGAUCUUGCCGGCAAGAAACCUAAUGAAAGGGGCGAAGUACUGGACAAGGAAGGGAACAUCCUUGGAAAGGUUGACGUUGUCCCAGGUGAAGCUGCGGACGAGGCUUUGAAGGCAUUACAAGAAGAAGCUGAAGAGGCCGGACAAGCUGUCGAAGGUCUUGCCGACAGGGCUGGAGAACCUGCCGAGGACGUCAAAGACAAAGCAGAAGAAACUGCUGACGGUGUCAAGGACUUGGCUGCUCUUGACGGUCUUCAAGUCAACGACCAAGGAAAUGUUGUUGAUUCUGAGGGUAACGUUCUCGCAAAACUUGAGAGCGGUAACCUGGAAAACAUUGCUGGUCAGACCGUCGAUGAGAAAGGUCUCGUGAUUGAUGAUGAUGGCAAUAUCCUUGGACGUGUCGCACUUGUCGGUGACGCAACUGACGACGCCAAGGAUGCUGUCGACGGCGCUGCUGACGAAGCUCAGGAUAUGGCAGAAGAUGCUCAAGAUGCUGCUCCUGAACUCCCUCCUCUUUCCACUUUGGAAGGUCUAAAGGUCAACAAGUUUGGAAAGAUUGUCAAUGCCGACGGUGUCCCUGUCGGUGAGUUGACGGAAGGAGACGCAAAGAAGAUCUCCAAACUUGGCGCCACUCUCGACGACAAGGGCCAGUUCUGGGAUAAUCGCGGCAAUAUUAUUGGCAAAGCUCAGACCAUCCCUGUUGAAGACAACGACAGUGAAGGCGCAUUCGCCGGCCUCGAAGGUCUCAUUGUCGUCCAAGACGGCUGGGUAGAAGACGAGAACGGCAACCGUGUCGGAGAGCUCGUUGAAGGCGACACUAAGAAACUCGUUGGCCGUGCUGUCGAUGAGGACGGCGACAUCCUCGACAAGCGUGGCAAUGUCGUUGGCCGGGCUGAACGAUACGAGCAACCUGAAGAGCCUGAAGCUGAGAAACCGGACUUUUCAAGUGUUGCCGGUCUCAAGCCCAACAAAGCUGGAAAUGUCAUCGGACCUGACGGCAUUCCAAUCGCUCGUGUUGUCGAAGGCAACCUGAAAGAAGUCGCAGGCCGUAAGAUCGACAACGAAGGCCAGAUUUGGAACGAUUCUGGCAAAGUCGUCGGCCGCGUCGAACUCAUCCCGGAAGAUGAGCGCGAGACUAAACCCGAAGGCAUCUUUGGCGGUCUUGAAGGUCUCAUCGUCAACAAAGACGGCCUCGUCGAAGACGAGGAAGGAAACAUUGUCGGCAAGAUUGUCGAAGGUGAUGCAAAGAAGUUACGUGGUCGCGCUGUUGAUGAAGACGGCGACAUCCUCGACAAGCACGGCAACGUCAAGGGCCGUGCUGAGCCGUAUGAAGUUCCUGAAGAAGAACCCCAAGAAGACGAUCUAUCCUCCCUUGAAGGUAAAAAGGUCAACAAGAUGGGCAACGUCGUUGACGAGCACGGCACCGUCUUUGGUCGCAUUGCUGAAGGCGACCCAAAGAAACUUGCCGGAAAGCGAGUUGAUGGGAAAGGUCAAAUCUGGAGCGAUAACGGUAAAGUCAUUGGUCGUGCUGAACUCAUUCCGGGUAAUGAGCAAGGUAAACCUGAAGGAGCAUUCUUUGGAUUUGACGAUGCUAAGGUCGGCAAGGAUGGUGUUAUCGUUGACAGCAACGAUAAAAUCAUUGGUCGUUUGACUGAAGGCGAUGCUAAGAAACUUGUUGGUCGCCCUGUUGAUGAGGAUGGCGAUAUUCUUGAUAAAUCUGGGAAUGUCCUUGGUAAGGCUGAGCGAUGGGAGCCAGAGGAAAAGAAGCGCGAUGUCAACCCUAUGUCAGGUCGCAAGGUCAACAAGCAGAGUGAAAUCCGCGACGAGAAUGGCGAUUUAAUCGGCAAAGUCACGGACGGUAACUUGCAGAACCUGAUUGGCAAGAGCAUUGACGAUAAUGGAUAUGUCGUUGACAACGACGGCAAUAAGAUUGGCGAAGCUACUCUGAUCGAGAACAUCCCUGAGCCUGAACCCGAGCCUGAAGAACCGAAAGAAGAAAUCUCUCCCGAGGAACUGGACAAGCAAAAACAAGAAGAGAAUGAUCGCAAAUUGGCCGAACGUAUUUGUGCCAUUGUGCAGGAUACUCUCGGCAAGAUCGAACCAGUCUGCAAGCAAAUCACAAACCUGGUCGAAAAAGCCGACCGCACCCCCAAAGACGAGCUCGACGAAGAAAAACUCGUCAACGAUGUCAAACCUCUCCUCGAAGAAGGAGGCCGCAUGCUCCAAGAAUGCAACGGCGCAAUCCGCGCCCUCGAUCCAGACGGCCGCAUCGCCGCAACCGCCAAAGCACGCGCCCAAACCCACGAAGCCAGUCCAGAAGAAUACAGACUCGCCGAUGCACUCAAAGAACUAACGCAAACCGUCGUCAAGACGAUUGACAACGGCCGCAAACGUAUUCAGGAUAUGCCACAUGCGAAAAAGAAGCUGAAUCCGCUGUGGUCGUUGUUGACGGAACCCUUGUUCCAGAUCAUUGCUGCGGUGGGAUUAUUGCUUAGUGGUGUUUUGGGAUUGGUGAGUCGAUUGCUGGAUGGGCUUGGAUUGGGAGGGUUGGUUAGAGGGUUGUUGGGUGGAUUGGGGGUUGAUAAGUUGUUGGAGGGAUUGGGGUUGGGCAGUAUUACUGAGUCGUUGGGAUUUGGGAAGAAGAAGUAACCACAUCCCCUCCCAAAUUUCUUCCAUAAUUGUUUGGUUGAUACUGUCUGGUUUUGAAAGUUAACUACACUCGCUAUAUUUCCUUUGUCGUGUGAAUUGUGAGCGUGUCUUAUGUUGGUUUUUUGAGCAACUUUCUUCUAGCAUGUUUUAUUCGUCUGUCUAAUAGUCUGCCAGAAUAAUGU